GAGAUACUUAAUUAAUGAGGCACGGGAAAUGCCUUAUAGUUCCUUAUCUAUAGGUGAUAUCAUAAGCAGGAAGUUUCACCAGUGGCAACAAUAUAAUCAACAACAAUAUCAAAUAUGUGAACCCAUUGUCCCACUUGUAUUUUGAAUUCGACUCAUGCGAUUGUGUUAUCCAAAAAAAACCUUUAAAUGCAUCCCUUGCUUAGCUAGACGACUUGCUGACCCCAACAGAACACUUAGAAACUAAAAUCAUACUCUUUAUUAGUGUAAAAUCAGUAGGAGAAUCUUUAUGCUAUUAUGUUAUAUAUUCUUGGGAGGCAUAACACGUUACAAGCUACCUUUUGAUAAUGCUUAUUUAGACAUUCUCUUAACGUUAGGCAGUGUACAAAGAGGAUUCCAAUCGGUUAGCACCUCUAGGUUGGGAGACAAAUCAUCACCAUCAUGGGGUGGUAUUCUAAAACGUUUUUCUGUUUCAGUAUUAACUCUACUAGACAUUCGUAAGAAAUUUUGCUGUAUGAAUAAGUAUAAGCAUGUUUUGACAGGUAGCAUCAUUUAUGCUAAUGAAUCGCAUUUACAGACCAGUUAUACAUGGAUUUGAGCAAAAUCUACUCAUGCCCUUCCUUUGUUAGUUCGCGUAUUAUGUUACAAUGAAACAGUCCAGUGUUUCGGAUAUCAUUUACUGUGACACCAAGAUACUCUACAAAAUUCAGUCUUUUAGUGAAGGGGUAGUAGGUUUCGGUAAACAUUUGAA